AUGACAGUCCGUCCAUCCAAGAAGAAGUUGUCAUUAUCCAAGUCAACAAAGGCCAGAGACGAAACUUCCCCAUCAGCUAAGUGGAAGCUUAUCAAAAGAGGCCUUUCGAAGACCAAAUCUUGCUCUCGUAGGAACAAGGGACGUUAUGAGUCCACCAAAGCACACAGUUCCCCACACCUUCAAGCUCUACAGGGAGCCCUCGACUGCCCAGGUUGCGAACACGCCCAGAACGUUUCGAACUCUAUGAUGUUGAUUGAGGAGACAGUGUUGAAGACGUACGAUACAUCAAGCUACCCGUAUCACUUCAUCAACAAAAUUACUAGGUGUGAGGAUAUCGAUAUAUGCCCUUUGAGCACCGAACCGCAAACCGAAGAAAUCCCAACUUUCUGGGAAGAUAUCCCUGCCCCUUUGCGAAAACGCUACUACGAACAACUAGAAGUCAUUAUUGACAGAUAUACCAAGAAAGGCGCUAAACUGACUGAAUACGAAAUUGGUCACCUGGAUGAAGAUGAGGUUGUCCUUCUCGCACAUUAUCAGAUGGACUACCAUAUCCAACAGCAUUACCUUUGCCACCGAAGCUGGGUAAGCCUCUGCCGCGAUGAGAAUGACCUUCGAGAACUACAGAGCUUCCAAUGGAAAAUGGCAGUGUUCAGCGGAGCCUGGGAUGAGCAGAUGAAAGCAAAUGGUCUGAAAUGGAGAGAAGGAUGGGCAAAUGACUACAACCGAGGUUUCGAGCAACAAACUGAAUACUGGAAAGAGCGAGAGUAUGCGCGAGAAAAGCAAACGGCGACCGCGAAAGUACGUUGGGCUUAUACUCAAAAGUUGAGGCGGAUGCAGAGAUGCCAAAAGAUGGACGCUGAUGCGGAAACUCAGACCUUCCGAUUAUAUUUGGGCCCUAGGCUUUUGAGAACUGUUCAGGUUAUCAAAGACACUUCAUAUACACACUAUGAGGCACGGCGCAUGGCCAAACGUUACGCCUACAUGAUGGGUGAUCUUGAUGGUUACUCAGAAAACGAGAUGGACAGUGAUGACUUUGAAGACGAGGACUGCGAGUUCUAG